AAAGUAGAAGAGAGAUUCAGAAUCAAAGACGUAGAUAUAACCCACGUGCUGCACAAACCCUUCCAUUGUUUGGAGAAGGAGAAAGAGGAACAGUGAAGCAAAGAAAAUGGAGAGAAGCGCCGUCUCCUCACGCAUUCGACUAACAAACCUGAUCUGCCCUUCUCGACAUUUUCCUUCUCUUCAAUCGCCCUUCCUCUUCCCUUCUUCUCACUCUUUAUCUCUCAAGCUUAGUCAAAAUCGCGUUCCUCUCACUUCGCUCAAUCUUCUCGAAGCUCCUUCUCCUCUCAACCCUUCCGCCACUCUCUCUGAUUCCUACAGUGAAACGCUUGACUUAGCUGAUAUAGAAUGGGACAACCUUGGGUUUGGCCUUCAACCCACGGAUUAUAUGUAUAUCAUGAAAUGCGCUCGAGGUGGAACCUUCUCCAAAGGUGAACUCCAGCGUUUUGGUAACAUUGAAUUAAACCCCUCCGCCGGAAUUCUAAACUACGGCCAGGGAUUGUUUGAGGGUUUGAAAGCGUAUCGGAAACAAGAUGGGAAUAUACUCCUAUUCCGUCCGGAAGAAAAUGGUCUGCGGAUGCAGGUAGGGGCAGAGCGGAUGUGCAUGCCGUCGCCUACUGUGGAGCAGUUUGUGGAAGCUGUGAAGGAUACUGUUUUAGCAAACAAACGUUGGGUUCCCCCUCCAGGUAAAGGUUCAUUGUACAUUAGACCAUUGCUAAUGGGAAGUGGACCUGUACUUGGUCUUGCACCUUCUCCAGAGUACACCUUUCUAAUAUACGUUUCACCUGUUGGGAACUACUUUAAGGAAGGUUUGGCCCCGAUCAAUUUGAUUGUUGAAAAUGAAUUACAUCGUGCAACUCCUGGUGGCACCGGAGGUGUGAAGACCAUUGGAAACUAUGCUGCGGUAAGCCAGACGGCAUCCCUUUUUCCUCUCUUAUUUGUUGUUACUGUCACUUGUUCCUACAUGUUCUCUCUAUCUGAUUUUGUUAGAUGUAUCAGGCUUUGGUCAUUUUUUUGUAUUUUCCUAUUUAUAAAUGCAUAACCCUAUGUGCUCUAC